AUGGCGAGCCCCUUGAACCUCCACGACACGACCAUUAGCGCCGAGGCAGCCGCGACCUUGGCCCAGGAGAUGGCGACGACCAUGGGUAGCGACGCGAGCUUGACGGAAGCGCUCGACACGUGCAUGGGCUUCCUCGACGGCGGCAACAUGGAGCCGGAAGCGCUCGACGAGGAUCCGGACGAAGAGACGCCGGCUAGCGACGACCACAAGCGCAAGCGUGCCAGCAACGACGACGAUAGCACGCCGACCAAGAUGCACCGCCAAGCCCAGACGACCGACGUGCCCGUCGACGAGAGCGGCGCCGAGACCAAGGACGAGGAAGCGAGCGCAUGA